AUGCAAUCUCUAUAUCAUCAUCUGAUCAUCCUCUUGAGCUUGAUCUCCCUCGUCUGGUGUGACGAGCUCGACGACUACGGCUACACCGUAGAACAGUACGAUGAUACGUGGGAAGUCCACCGCAACAGCCAGCGCCUCGACACGUUUCUCAUAGACAAAACCCGCGGGCGCAUCAUCAUCGAAGAAGCCUAUAACGCGUGGUACGACUCGCGGCCGAGACUCAAGCUGCGCGACAUUAUGGUCUUCAUUUGGGUCCGGGCCGGCAUGUCUCUGUCGGAGCUCACCUCGCUUCAAAUUAGGGAGGUGUCGAACCAGGGCACGAUAGAUGCCAUUAAGGAUGCUCGGAUAUCCACUGGGAUCAAAGCGCCAACCGACUUCACGGUGGAAGAGAACGGCACUGGCUGGAGCGAUUUGGCCAAGGCAGAGUUUUACUACACAAUGAGCAAGAUGUGUACUGACUGGCAAUCGUUAAAUUCGAAGAGGGUCAGCAAAAUGACAGUGCUGAGUAAGGAUGGGCGGCUGGAUGAUUUCAUCUUGUACAUUUCGUGA